CAGUAACUAUUGAUGAAAUUGUCCUUUUAUAGCAUGAAAGGCAUAAGUGGGCCUUAUGGCAAUAAAAGUGUCAACAUGCUGAUAAACUUUGAUAAUAUCACAUCAUGAACAACGUUCUUGUGAAACAGGUACAUUUUUAACAAAUCCAUAUUAAGUGCAGAACAUUGCAAACUUUAGUUUAUUUUUUUACUAUAAAGAACGCAAAUACUUCCAUAAGUAAGCAAGACUUGAUGAGCUUGUGUUUUUAGGGUACUUUAAGUUCCCUAAAAAUAUAAGUAGGCCAUCCACCAACCCACUCUGCACUGUCCUGUGUGUCGGCUCUGAUAAAUCAUUGGGUGUGACCUUUAUUUGCUGAGUGAAACCUGAGCAGCCCAAGCAAACUGGCUUCCCUUCAAAUAAGCCACAGAUGUGUUGAAGUAGUUGUGUUGUUUACUCACUUGAAUGUAUUAUUCAUUUUCAAAUGAUGGAUCUGUUUGACUCAACAGCUUCAUCACUGCUAAUCUGUUAUCAGGAACAGGACAGCAACACAAGUUAGAUCCUAUUUCUUUGCUGGAUAAUCAAGAUUAUAAUCAGUCCUUUCUUUUGUUAAAGCAUUAGUUUUUACCACAAUAAAUAUAACAUUUAAGUUUAAUACAAACAUCUUCAUUAAUCAGGAUGAAUUGAGUCAAAAAAGCAAAACUUUGCAAAGUUCUGGUGAAAUACAAUCAUUUGUCAGAGCUUUAUACAUCUUUAUCUAACAGCAGCAGACAGCCAUCUCAGGUUGCCAGGUGUCAGAGUGAGAAAAAAAAAAACUCACUGCACACCUGAAUCUCAUCUGUGAAAAGGACAAUGAGGAAGUGGCCAUGUAACAGAAACACGGCGUGAAGGUGAGUUUCCAUAAAUACACAGUAUCCCUAAACACAACUCAGACUCAAAAAGAUUUAGCAAAACAAAGCUAGGAUUUUAUGUUUGUGUCAAACACAAAUUAAGGAUCCAUAUGAAGUUGAAAUAAGGGAUAAAAUAACAUUUCAGGUUGUCUUUACUAACAUACCCAUGUCUGUAAUUAGCUCUUGUGUGUGCAGGAGCCAUCCUACCAAAGUUGGCAGACAAAGACUCUGGUUCUGCAAAAAGAGACCCUCUAAAAUAUAGAUGAGGAAAUCCACACCUGUUUCCAAGUAACCAAGGCAGGUAUAAUGUACUGUGACGAAUGCCAGUGCAUGUGCAUUCACACUUGUUUGGCUUCAUGCACGAGCAACACGAGUUCCUAGUUUUACCUGUGCAGACACCGUGUUGGAACGGCAGCUGCUGCUAACCUGUUUGGUCUGAAGAAAUAGACCAAAUCUGAUCAAAGGGAGAGUAUGAAAAUACUCCAACGUUCAUUCUGAAGAGGUUUUCUGUGUUUACCACCUGCUGAAUGUUUUCCCACAUGGAAACAGGUCUGCUGAGGCCCAACUGAGACGUCCUGAAGCUGGAAGUGGAGACUUGGUGGAGGGUGGGCGACUGGAGAGACAGAGGUCUUCACAGGUGUUUCCUCUGAGCGUUGAGCAUCAAUUUGUGCAAACAUGAAUCCCAUGUGGAAGGUUUAUAAAGGCAAAGUGAUGAAGACUCUGAAUCCUGAGUAUGAGGAGGAUACUGCAGAGGAGGUCACAGAGGUAGAACAUGACAUGAGUCCAAUACAGGAGGAUGAAGGGCCCAACGCCGUCUCUCAGCUGGCCAGAAAGAUGCAGGGGGCCGGGGCUAAAAGCUGGAACAGGUUUUCGUCUCUCUUCAACAAAGAGGAUGAGCACCAGCUUCUGGAGGAGACCGAGUGCCCGCCUGUCGCUGACCACCCUCUCGCAGUAAAACCUGAAGAACCUCCUCGACCGACCAGGCGCAGUGGAUUCUGGGAUAGUUUUGCAACCAACUUUGCUGCAAAGAAGCAGGCCGAAGCUGCUGCUGCAGCUGCAAAUGAGGGUGUGGCAGAGUCAAGUGAGGAAGGAGCGACUCAGGCUGCAGAGGAGGAGCAGCAGGUCGGCCCGACUGAGGAGACGGAAGCAGGAAGCAGCAGCAACAACAGCUUCUCUAAAUAUGUGACGCUGGGAGGGAGCAGCGAAGAGGCCUCCUUUAAGUGGAACUUUGUUACCAGCAAGCUGGCAGAGCUGAAAACCAAGGGCAUGGUGAAUAAGACCAACUGAUCGCUACAAAGAUGUCUUCUAACAUUCUUACAAAAUGUUACAGCAAAUCACAUUUACUUUAACUUUAUUUCAUUAUAAUCUCAUUUGAUUGUUUUCAAGUCUUAAAGGUAAAAAGACAUUAAAACCUUUUUUUUUUUCAAUCAAUGAACCAUAAAAGGUGGGACGUGGCGUGUAUAAACAUUGAUCCUGGACUAAAUAUUAAACUGUGGAUUACUUCUACAGUUCAGCGCACACUGAACUGUAGAAGUAAAUGUUGCAGAAUAAAUGUUUAGUGUCUACUUAUCUAAGACAGCCUAAAUGUUGAUCCUGCAACAAUUGAAUUUGUGCCUCAGUAAUAGGGCAGGUGAAAUGUGCAUUCCUCUCUCCUUAUCUCUGUAAAGUGAUGCUUGCAUCCUUCCAUGAUGUGAGGUAUACAGAGGUUUAUUGUUGUUUUCAGUAACACUUGAAAACUUUAAAAUGGAGCUUGUGUGGUCAGAUUUUCCACCACAGUGCUUCAAACAAGACAAAAGGGGCCCAUCUACCUUUCAACAAAUCUAACCUAAUCUGUAGUUUAGGAGAAAACUGGAUUAAAAGAUUAAAGGCAGCGAUAGCUGGAUUAGCCGAGGAUCAGAUCACUUAACCUGUUCAGAGAGAAUUACAGCUCAAAGGUCUUUAAUUCUUGUAAGACCCUUUGUAUGGGCAAACACUUACUAAGAAAUUCUCCCUUUGUGAUGUGAAAUGAAAGACUAAAAUGUGUGUUUGGUCAUAAAAUCUGAAACCAUGACUUGAAUUUUCUAAUCUUUGAGACUGAAAUGUGCAAUGUGUGAAUUUUUUGUUUGUGACGGGAGAAAUUGGCUGAUGUUCUUAUUUAGUGUCUUUUGGGUUUUGACUUGUAUGUUUAUUUUGAUUUUGGUUCUGAUAUGACAAAAUAAAGACUGUUUUCCCUG